ACAGAAAGAAGCACGGACACGACCGCACGUACUGGGGCGAUACGGAGACGUUACCGCGCGGCCUGGAGACACGGCAACAGCGCGGCGACGACGCGGUCAGCGAUCCGACGUUUCGCGAACAGUUGAGAAUCGAGAGCGGGAGAGGGUGGAGAGUUCGCUCGUCGAUCGGUCAGACCGCGCGCGGUCGACAUGGGGAAGACCUUCGAAAACAAGAUCUUGAUCGAGAUGAUACGACGGAAUCCGGUAUUGUACGAUCAAUCGCACGCCAAUUAUAAGAAUGUGAGGAUUAAAGACAAAAUAUGGAACGAGAUCGCAGACACCCUCGGCGAGACAGACUGCGGCGAGGAGAUUAAAAGAAGAUGGAAAAACCUCCGAGACUCCUUCAGCAAACACGUGAGAAGCGAAACGGCUGGCUCCGGUAAAGGGAAAGAGGCGAAGUUCUUGGAUCGUUACAAAUCGUGGCCUUGGGCGAAACACAUGGAAUUCCUCAGGCCGUACCUGACAAGAUCGGAUUCGACUCAAUCGACUCCAGCGACAGAUGACAGUGAGUUGUGCCCGGUGUGGACCGAAGAAGACGAAUUUCUGUCGGAACCUUCGAGUCUGAACGUACCUAAAAAGAUGGAAAUCGAAGAGGACGAAGAACCGCUGCAAGAAUCGAACUCGGAAAUCCGAACGAUCAUCUCGUAUUUGGAGGAGAGACGACGGAACGCGCGCGACGUCGAUGACGUUGAUCUGUUGUUCCAGGGCUACGCGAAAACGGUCAAAAAGCUCGCGCCGAAAAGGCAGAUCAUGAUUAAGUUUAAGAUAUCUCAGAUGCUCAUGGAGGAAGAAUUGGCGGAGCUGGAGGAGAUGGAGCAAAGUGUUUAUGAAUAAAAAUGAGUUUUGGGCGGUUUCGUUUUUGAUAUUAUGCUAGUCUUUAGUUUCCAAGUUUCAUUUGAUUUAAGGUUUUUAGUGAUAAAUGAUGGCAACCUAAGCGUCAAAGCGAAGCCAAGAAUUCAACUUUCUCAAAAAACGACUAAUAAAAAAUAUCUAAAAACUGUUGCGCGUCUAUGGUCGAGAUGGAAACUUGUUUUCUGAGUAAAUCGGAUGCGUAGAUUCCAAAUUCGAUGUCGAUACAUCGCUAGAAUUUCCGGCUAUCCCGAAAAAAUAGUUUCUUGUCAAAUUUUUACCCUAAAUCCAAUCUGAUAACACUUCAGAAAUUUUUCACUGUGAUAUUCAUAUUCAGCGCCCCAAAUUACCUGAUUGAGAAAAGCUCCGCUUCUAUGCAGUCAUCGAUAGUAAAAAUGGGUUUUUAGCACCUUUAGAGACGCAAAAAUGCGUAGUUUUACAAUUUUUCGAUAAAUAAUUAGAUCUAAAUGAUAAACGGGAUCAGAUACACGUGAAACGACUUCGGAUUCGGUAUUGGCAGUUCAAAAUACCUGGAAUACAGGUCAUUUGAACCGCAUUUAAAGCAUUUUAACAUAUAAUUACCAUCUAUAGGGGUAUUCUUACCAAAAUGGCACAAAAUGGGUCAGUCGGGAACGUGAACGCAACAUAUAAUACGCUUUUUGGGUCGCUGAAACCGAAUCCAUGGCCCAUUCCAUCCGAAAAUGCCUCGUUUUCAAGAUACUGGCGAGAAUUCAGCUUUGUCAAAAAACGACUAAUAAGAAAUUUCUAAAAACCCUUGCGCGUCUCUGAUCGAGAUGGAAAUUUGUUUUCUGGGUAAAUCGGGUGCGUAGAUUCCAAAUUCGAUACAUCGCUAGAAGUUCCGGCUUCUUGUCAAAUUAUUA